AUGAACAGGAAACUUUCAAACGACGCUUGUGGUGCAGCGGCCUCCAGCAUGGCAUCUGCUGCGGUCAGUCGCAAUACUUCAGAACUGCAAGCAACCAAUGAUGGGCCACAGCAUGCCAUCCCGAUGAUUUCCCACGACACAUUGCUAAAUGAUGAAGAGCUUUCCAUGUCUGAUGAUGAUGGUUCAGAGCAACAUGAUCCUGGAGAGCUGGCUUCAGAAGAUGACAUGCAAAUGCCUAACAGUCCCACAGCGCCUGGUCAUGGUGGCAAGUCGCUUUUUGGAGAGUUAUUUACCGAUGUUGUGACUGAAAGAGUGGUUCUGUCUAGAGGCGAUAUUCUCCUCAUGGUGCUGAAGCCCGCU